AUGACUACUCUCAGGAACAUCUUAGGUACAAGAAACCUAGCAGAGAUUCUGUCAGAUCGAGAAGCGAUAUCGCACGCCAUGCAAACAUCACUGGACGUUGCAACAGACCCAUGGGGUGUCAAAGUAGAGAGGGUGGAAAUAAAAGACGUGAGCCUGCCUCAACAACUCCAAAGAGCAAUGGCUGCUGAGGCAGAAGCCUCAAGGGAAGCUAGAGCGAAAGUUAUAGCAGCCGAAGGAGAAAUGAAGGCUUCCAGAGCUCUAAAAGAAGCAUCUGAUGUCAUAAAUGAAAGUCCAGUCGCAUUACAGCUGAGGUAUCUCCAAACUUUGAACAAUAUAUCAGCAGAGAAGAAUUCGACCAUCAUAUUUCCACUGCCAAUAGACCUGAUAUCCUACUUCAUGGACAAAAAUGGCAAAGAUGAAAAGGACUCUCAUUUAGUUUUGUAAAGAGAAUAUAUUCAUUUUACCUAUUAAACAUAGUACAUUGAACAAAAUGUCUUUAUAAAUUAAACACGCUUUUAGACUUACAAAAAAGAAAUCCAAAGUUAACAAACAAAAAAAGUAUCUAUUUUGAGUCACAUUAAAAAUACAGCAAUAUUCAAAGUGAAACAUACUAAUAUUUAAUUCAUUAAUUUGCAGUACAGCAGAAAAAAGUAAUCCUAAAUUGCCGCUACCACUAAUGAAACAUGUUUUAUUAGAGCUAACUCAAUAAGCC